CACAAUUAAAUAUUCGUAAAGACACUAUACUCCGGGUAGGUGAUAGCUUGGUUUUUACAACUUUUGCAAUAAGAAGUGUAAUUAUUAAGUUUCAUUGAUAAAAAUAAAGUUUAUGUGUACAGCUUCGUAUAGCCCGAGCCAGGUUUAAAUUAAGUCGUUUUCAAUUCUCUUCAUGUCAGAUAAUUAAGUGCAUUGCUCAUUAAGCAAGCUAUAAAAUUCUCGUCCUCUUUGGUAGACGAUUUUAAUACCGAUGACACACUUGUCAGCUGUCCAAAAUCUCAACUUGUUCCAAUUCUUUUAAAAAUUGGAGGGUGUUACUUCCAGGUACACAAUUUCCUGAAAUUUGUGUAGGUAUGUCAUAUUCCUGGAUGUUAUACAUAAUACAUUUUCCCGUUAACACCAAAUAUUUAUCUAUCGGAUGAAAUAAUCAAAAGCAGGUCAAAAGAAAAAACUUGUUGAAUCCCUCGAACAAAAACAUUCCCGAGUUUGAAUUCAUCUUCUUUGACACGAUUUUCACAUUAACGCAGUGUUUCAAAUUUAUAGGCCAACUUAAGUAUGUAUAAAAUUUGCUACUAUUUACACCCACCGCAAAAAUGACCUCACCAUUCAACUAUUCAACCGAUCUUCGAAACGGCGAUCGAGAUGUGCACUUUAAAACUAAGGAAGUUUGUCACAAUCGACGUGUCUUACGCAGACUUACGGUUAAAUGCAUAAGCCCCUUCUCGGGCUAAAAAAAUAGGUUAAUUUCACAAUGACGCAUACAAAACGUGGUUCAAGUGCAAGAGUGUAAGGCCAAGUUCAUUGCUGUGAUUAUGUAUCAUACAAUUUAUUAUUUUCUUGUUGCAAACAUAAACCAUGCAUUUCAAACACAUCAUUUACUAACUAGCCUCAUACAUGCAAUGUCGACUCUAAAUAAAAGAAUAAAAUUGGAUCUGCUUAAAUCAAAGAUUUCAGAACAUGAGAAGCUUCAAAAGUUCGAAGAUAUUUUGGAUAAUGCUGUUUUGGACGGAUUUCUUCGUGGGAAGAGAUACAAUGUCGAAGCGACGUUGAAAUCUCUGGAAUACUUUAUGUACGUGAGGACACAAAAGUACAAAGCAUUUACUCAAAAAUAUCUCAACCCAUUAUCCUCAACAUUUUUGAAUGUCGGUAAAUUCAAAAUAUUGAAAGGUAAAGAUGCCCAAGGAAGACGAGUGGGUGUCGACCGUUUUAACUUGUGGGACACGAGGAAAUAUUCUGUAGACGAAGUCAUGGCUGAAAUUGUCAUGGUCGUCGAUGAAGCCAUCCGAUCCUAUUUGGUGGAUUCGGAUAGGAAUGACGUUGUUCUAAUAUUUGAUUGUGAGGGUAUAUCUUUCGACAAGGCAAGACAUGGGACGCCAACACGUGUUUUUCAAGCACUGGAUUUAUUCAUGAAUAGUGUCCCUAUUCGUCCGGCAGGUCUCCAUCUCAUUAAUGUGGGGCAUUUUGUCUAUUUCUUGAUUCGCAUUUUUAAGCGAUUUAUGAAAGAGAAGAUUAGUAACAGGAUUCAAGUCCACGCAACCCUUGACUCCCUUCAUGAACAUGUGCCCAAGCUAAUUCUUCCGAGAUCACUUGGUGGUGAGCUGGAUAACGAGUACGCCUUCGAGACAGAGCUUGUUUCAAGGAUUAGGAACAAUUCGGAGUUUUACAAGAGAAUUGCGGAUUAUUAAAUUUAUUUUGUAGCAAAUAAUAUACUAAACCCAAGUUAUGCGGUAGAAAUAAAUAAAUUGUUUGUACUCAUCGUGCAUAUGUACCUCAA